AUGAGGUGAGGAGCUGGAAAAAGAAGCUGAAGUAGAUGUCGCCCAUGAACCAGAAGAAGAAGAGGGUCCAGACAGAAAGUGAUGCCGAGGAGGAGCUCAAACUUCUAACAGUGCAGAUGAAUCAGCUCCAAGUAUGUUUUGAUGCAGAAAUUUGAUUUGUUUAAAGUGAAAGGUUUUUUCUUUUUUGAUGUUCUUACCAUAGCAAGUGUGCUGCAUACAGAGGACAGCAGUCAGCAAUGCUCCAGCUUGGAGAGGCCUCUCUGUACAAAGCCAAGGUUUGUACCCCUGCAGGCAGGGUCAUGAAUAACCCCUUGACGAAUUCCUGCAUAUAAAAAGCAUUUUGGUUAGUGUGCAUGCUGUAUUUUUGGAUAUUUUCUUCCCUUUGCCUUGAUGUCAGCCUUACUCUAUGACACAAUGUUUGUUUCCAGGAAACAAACAUGCGCUCUAGCAUCACGUGCAUAUAUUAUUCUGUACGUCAGCUGUUUGAGACAGAGAGUUCAGACUUAAAGGAAACUUCACAGUUUGCGAUUCUUGACUGAUAAAACAGACGCUUUUUAGAUCUAUUUGGAUUUCUCUGGCACCAGACAGUGGAGGCUACUGCACUAAUUGUAAAUGCUACAGCGCUGAAAUGACUCCAUAAAUAUACAUAUAUAUGUGUGUGUAUAAAGAUAAAAAGAUACUGUAUGUUGUUUUUAUUUUCAGGAAUCUCGUCCGAAAAAGAUGAAGGAAGAGAAAAAGGGUUUCCGUUACAGGAGUGGAUACCGGAAUAAAAAACGUUACCUGUCUGCUUCUGACUGGAUAGAGAGUAGUCAAGAGGAACAAAGUCAGCUUCUGGAGCCUUCACAGAGAGAGCAGAGAGAAACUGUGGCCAUGCCAGUGAGGUGGAGGAAGCGGCUGCUUUUGUUGUUCAGGCUGGACCGUGGUAUAUGA